AUGCACAAGCAAAAUUUUAGCAUAGAAUCUGAAGGCAAACCUACGGACUUGAUAUUUGGAGAGUUCACGACUUAUGAAGACAUCAGGAAGAGACUCGGCCAUCAGAAACGAGAUGUGCAUUAUUUAAAGAUAGACAUCGAGAACAUGGAAUGGUCUGUGUUGCCGCAGCUGGUGAAAGGUGGCCACCUGGACCGGGUGUCGCAGCUGGCCAUCGAAGUGCACACCAUGGACAUCAUCAAAGCACCUCCAGAAAAGAUACUGCCUAUGCUGCAGAGUUACUGGCAGAUCCUGGAGAGUCUAAAGCAGCUGGGUUUCCUGCGGGCGAAUCACCGUUUCAACACCGUGCUCGAGACCACGUUCCACGACCGCGAGCAGAACCGGAGUAUUUCGACGUGCAUGGAAAUCCUGUAUAUAAAGAGAGGGUUCAAUCGGCGGUUGCACAUGCAGCACCAUCUUCCUCCUCCCGAAGUUCCCCUGUAGUUAUUUUGGCGUUUUAGUUCUGUAUUUUUUUUUUUUUUUUUCAUUUUUUGUUGGU